AAUCGGUGCUGGUGGCAGCUCAUGGAACCUCCACGGCACAAAGCUUGUGUGCUGCCAAGCCCUUGCAUAAGAUGUGGAUCAUGCAGUGGGGCAGUUUCCCUUGCUCGCCACGUCGCGCUAUCGCCAGGCUGCUAUUUUCGCAAGCCAUGCCCGGCAACCUCCGCAGCUUCCCUUCCAAGCAACUUCCAACCAUCGCGGUGACCACAUUCCUCCUUAUCGCCAACCUCAACCCUCUUAUCUAGAUGGACGUAUCGCAUAAGAACCCCUUCUGGGGCCCGCAAACAUCAUACUUGAACUUCUGUGAAGAGGAUUAUGUAGUCACUCGCUACGUGGCCGAGUUCAUCAACACUUCUAGCAGUCUCAUCUACAUCCUCUAUGGAAUAUACGGCCUGAUUCAGCUCCGUCAAAAGCCUGCUCCUUCCUUCGCCCGAGCAAUCCCCUGGUUCGGUUUGAUGGGUGUCGGACUGUGCUCGGCCGGCUACCAUAUGACCUUGAAAUACCAUACGCAGAUGUCGGACGAACUCUCAAUGCAUAUGUUAACCACGCCGCUCGUGUACCGAGUCCUCACGUUUCAGGUGAGCCCACAGUGGCGCAGGGUGAUUGGGAUCGCGCUUUCUGUUGAGUUCGCUACCGUGAUGAUCGUGCACAUGGCCAUGGAUGAAUUCCUUCUCCAUGCCGUGACCUUUGGGGCGGGGGCGUUGCUCAUUGCGCGACGGACCAUGCAGAUCAUUUCGCGUCAGAUCCCCGACCCGCUGAUUAAGAAGAAGACUCGGAAUAUCGGGCGGUUCGGUAUUUUUUGCUUUCUCUUCGGCUAUUUCGCCUGGUUGAUCGACGUGUGGGCUUGCAGUCAGUUGACUGGUAUCAGACAAAUGGUUGGUGCACCAUUUGCCUUUCUUUUUGAGCUGCAUGGAUGGUGGCAUUUCUUCACCGCCAUUGGCGGAUACGUCGCUGUUGCGGUGGUCGAUAUGAUCACUUCAGGCGAGGUGGACUCCGAUCCCUCACCCCAGCUAGCCUGGCCGGUGUCUCUUGCCGCCGGAAUCAUGGGACCCGAUGCGCAGGUGCACAAACGGGAUUAAUCUGGCUGCGGUCUGUGUUUCCGGGCAUGGGCUCCUGUUACCCUGGUAUAGAGAUUAAACGGCGUGAAGCAGGUGAAGUGAUGGGCUCUUCCAUGGUGGUUCUGGCUCGUCGAAGAAUAUUCAAGCGAAGACUCAAAAUGCGCUUGGAGCAUUUGCAGGACGCGGGCUACCUGAUUCCAAGAGGACCGAGUAGGAUUAGGUACUAGGUAUAGUGCAUGCAUCGCACUUAUAACCUGACUGCGGUCGGGAUAGAACAACCUCGGUAGCCUUAUCCACUCAUGUUACCGUAUCGAUAAUCCUCUCAAGAUAGCAUCUUUGCAAAAUUGUAACUCUCAUGAACAUACCUGGAUUCUCUCCUGGUCGAGAUGAUCCCGAUAUCAUAUCCUAC